CCUCUUACUCUCUCCGCGCAGCCUUGCAUAAACCCCCAUCAUUCGCUUGUUCUCCUCAUUUUCCUUCUGCUUUCGACGUAGAUCGCAGCGCCGGAGCGAACGGCAAAGUCUUCGCCAUGUGUGGAAUUCUUGCGGUUCUCGGAUGCGCCGAUUCCUCGCUUGCCAAGAGAUCCCGCAUCAUUGAACUCUCUCGGAGGUUAAGGCAUAGAGGUCCUGAUUGGAGUGGUUUGCAUUGUUUUAAGGAUUGCUACCUAGCACACCAACGUUUGGCCAUUGUGGAUCCUGCAUCUGGAGAUCAACCACUCUACAAUGAAGACAAGUCAAUUGUUGUUACGGUUAAUGGAGAAAUUUACAAUCAUGAGGAAUUAAGAGCCAACCUUGAAUCUCAUCAAUUCCGGACUGGAAGUGAUUGUGAAGUUAUUGCACACCUUUAUGAAGAAUAUGGAGAAGAUUUUGUUCAUAUGUUGGAUGGCAUGUUCUCAUUUGUUCUUCUUGACACCCGUGAUAGAAGUUACAUUGCUGCUCGGGAUGCCAUUGGCAUUACUCCUCUGUACAUGGGAUGGGGUCUUGAUGGAUCUGUUUGGUUUGCUUCUGAAAUGAAAGCUUUGAGUGAUGACUGUGAACGCUUUGUCUCAUUUCCACCUGGACAUAUAUAUUCAAGCAAAAAUGGUGGACUGCGGAGGUUCUAUAAUCCCGCAUGGUUUGCAGAGUGUGUACCCUCUACUCCUUAUGAUGCUCCAGGUCUCCGUGAUGCCUUCGAAAAGGCUGUUAUUAAGAGGUUAAUGACGGAUGUACCAUUUGGUGUGCUUUUAUCUGGCGGGCUUGAUUCAUCUCUUGUUGCUGCUGUUGCCUCAAGGCAUUUGUCAAAGGCAAAAGUUGCUAGACAAUGGGGAUCUCAAUUGCACACUUUCUGUAUUGGCUUAAAGGGCUCUCCAGAUCUUAAAGCUGCUAGAGAAGUUGCAGAUUAUCUUGGCACAUUCCAUCAUGAAUUUCAUUUCACUGUACAGGAGGGUAUUGAUGCGCUUGAUGAAGUCAUUUACCACAUAGAAACAUAUGAUGUUACUACAAUUAGGGCAAGCACUCCAAUGUUUCUAAUGUCUCGGAAAAUUAAAUCAUUAGGAGUGAAGAUGGUUCUUUCUGGUGAAGGUUCUGAUGAAAUAUUUGGCGGGUACCUUUAUUUCCAUAAAGCACCAAACAAGGAGGAGUUCCAUUUGGAAACAUGUCGGAAGAUUAAAGCUCUUCAUUUAUAUGAUUGCCUUCGAGCCAACAAAGCAACAUCAGCUUGGGGUGUGGAGGCUCGUGUUCCCUUUCUGGACAAGCAAUUUAUUAACAUUGCAAUGGACAUCGAUCCUGAAUGGAAAAUGAUAAGACAUGAUCUUGGUCGAAUCGAGAAGUGGGUCCUGCGCAAUGCAUUUGAUGAUGAACAAAAUCCUUAUUUACCAAAGCACAUCUUGUACAGGCAAAAGGAGCAAUUUAGUGAUGGAGUGGGCUAUAGCUGGAUUGAUGGCUUGAAAGAACAUGCCAAUGAACAUGUUUCAGAUGCCAUGUUGAUGAACGCAAGCUUUGUUUAUCCAGAUAAUACUCCUAUGACAAAAGAGGGAUACUAUUACCGAUCUAUAUUUGAGAAACACUUCCCAAAGAAUGCUGCAAGGGCAACUGUACCUGGUGGGCCGAGUGUGGCAUGCAGUACGGCGAAAGCAGUAGAAUGGGAUGAAGCAUGGUUGAAGAACCCAGAUCCAUCAGGCCGGGCUGCACUAGGGGUUCACAACGAUGCAUAUCAGGAGGAACCGGAGAAAAUUGUGGCUUCUGAAAAUUUCACUUCAGCGAUUGGCUUCCCUCAGGCAAUGCGAGACGGUAUGGUGGAGGUUACUGCCACAACCACGGCUAUCUGAUCUUUCUAGUGCCGUGGCUUUGUUUAGAUGAUUUAUUGCUGGUGUAAUUGCAAAAUGGAAGAAUUUAUCUUCUUGUCGAUCGAGUAGUGGAAAUGAAAAAUGUUUAAUCGUGGAUGAGUAGUCGAAGUGGUGGAAAUGAAAACUUCUGUUUCUUCAUGUUACAGAUUUAUCUUUCAAAUACUUUAUGCUUGAAAAUGGUGGGCCAUGUAACUGUAGAAAAGUUAUGCUCGAACUCAUUUAUUGUUUUAACGAAUAAAAUUGAACA